AUGGUAGUCAAGUCUAAGCAGAAGCUUGCACCUGAGAAGGAACGUUUCCUUCAGUGUUGCGGGGACAUUUCACUUGAGCUUGUAGCUUCCCUCAACAACUCCAAAGACAUCAACUUGAAUGGGUUGAUCAUUAGGUACGCUAAGAAGUAUAAGUUGAAGCAGCAACCUAGACUUACAGAUAUCAUAUCGUCUAUCCCUGACCAGUACAAGAAGUACCUUAUCCCCAAAUUAAAAGCCAAACCAGUCAGAACUGCUUCAGGUAUCGCCGUUGUGGCGGUGAUGUGUAAGCCUCAUAGAUGUCCCCAUAUUGCCUACACAGGAAACAUUUGUGUAUACUGUCCUGGUGGACCAGAUUCUGAUUUUGAGUACUCUACUCAGUCAUAUACAGGGUAUGAACCUACUUCUAUGAGAGCCAUUAGAGCUCGUUACGAUCCUUAUGAACAAGCCAGAGGUAGAAUUGAACAGCUAAGACAAUUGGGGCACUCCAUCGAUAAGGUGGAAUACAUCAUCAUGGGAGGUACGUUCAUGUCCUUACCCAUUGACUAUAGAGAAUCGUUCAUAACGGAGUUGCAUAAUGCUCUAACUGGGUUUAAUGGUAAGGAUAUCGACGAAGCCAUCAAAUUUUCACAGCAGUCGCAGACCAAGUGUGUAGGUAUUACUAUUGAAACCAGACCUGACUAUUGUACGGAAACCCAUUUGAGUGAUAUGUUGAAGUACGGGUGCACGAGAUUGGAAGUUGGGGUACAGUCAGUGUACGAAGAUGUAGCCAGAGACACCAACAGAGGACACACAGUGAAGGCAGUAUGCGAAACUUUCGCUGUUGCUAAGGAUGCUGGUUACAAGGUUGUCAGUCAUAUGAUGCCUGAUUUGCCUAACGUUGGGAUGGAAAGAGACUUGGAGCAAUUCAAGGAAUAUUUCGAAAAUCCCGAUUUUAGAACUGAUGGGUUGAAGCUUUACCCAACGUUGGUCAUCAGAGGGACAGGGUUAUACGAGUUGUGGAAACAAGGGUUAUACAAGUCUUACAAUGCCAAUGCAUUGGUGGAUUUGGUGGCCAGAAUAAUGGCCCUUGUGCCCCCUUGGACAAGAAUUUAUAGAGUCCAAAGAGAUAUUCCCAUGCCGCUUGUUACCAGUGGUGUUGAAAAUGGUAACUUGAGAGAGUUGGCUCUUGCCAGAAUGAAAGAUUUCGGAACCUCCUGUAGAGAUGUUCGUACUAGAGAAGUAGGGAUUCAAGAGGUUCACCAUAAGGUUGUCCCCGACCAAGUAGAAUUGAUCAGAAGAGACUACUAUGCCAACGGUGGUUGGGAAACCUUUUUAUCAUACGAAGAUCCUAAACAAGAUAUCUUGAUUGGAUUGUUAAGAUUGAGAAAGGCGUCAAAGAAGUACACAUACAGAAAGGAAUUCACCCAGCAGCCCACAUCGAUUGUGAGAGAAUUGCACGUUUAUGGUUCCGUUGUUCCUCUUCACUCUCGUGAUCCAAGAAAGUUCCAACAUCAAGGGUUUGGUACGUUAUUGAUGGAAGAAGCUGCAAGAAUUGCCAAAGAGGAGCACGGAUCUGAAAAGAUAAGUGUUAUUUCUGGUGUUGGUGUAAGGAACUAUUAUGCUAAAUUAGGUUACGAAUUGGAUGGACCAUUCAUGUCGAAGUGGUUGAACGAAGACGAGUAG